CAUGUUUUUCUUCAUGAGUCGAUUAUUAAAUGUUUUUAUUAGUGCAGUUUUUAUUCACRUGUYAUUUUUCUGUGAUUUGAGGCACUGACAGUAAAAUCAGUUUAAAUAAGCUUUAUGAUGGAAACCUUCAGCUGUAACACAGACACACAUGAUSAUAAAGACUGGAGGAUCAUCAUGAAUAACAAGUAAUUAUUUUCCAACAUUUAUGUCGGAGGAAGGCUUCGUCUACAACAGCCUCACGCUGCAGCUGGAGGGUUUAAAUGUCUCCGGUGGAUCUAGAUAUGCUGCRUUUCUCUCCAUUCUUCUCUCCUAUGUGUUUAUCGUUGCUGCAAACGUUGGGGUUGCUGUCCUGGUCUUUCUAGAUAAGAGCCUGCACCAGCCCAUGUAUCUCAUGCUCUGUAGCUUAUCGGCCAACGAUGUUUUGGGGAACUCUGUCGUGUUGCCCCGCGUGCUGCUGGACGUYGUGCGGCCGCCCGCGGACCGCCUCAUCGGUUACUACGAGUGCGUCCUCCAGGCCUUCAUCAUCCACAUGUUCAACACCACCUGCCACACGGUGCUGAUGGCCAUGGCCUUCGACAGGUAUGUGGCCAUCGGCAACCCUCUGCGUUACUCUGCCAUAAUGACCAACAGGAUGGUGGUGAAGCUGACGGUUGGUGCCUGGGGAGCGGCGCUGGUUCUGGUCGGGGUCCUGCUGGGUCUGACGGUUCGGCUGAGCCGCUGCAGGACUUUCAUGAGAAGCCUGUACUGUAACAACGCCUCGUUGUUUCUGCUCUCGUGUGAGGAUGUUUUCAUCAACAACGCGUACGGCCUGAGCUUCACCGUGGUUCUGUUCACCGCCUCCAUCGGCAGCAUGGUUGUAACUUACACCAAGAUCACCGUCGUCUGUCUGACCAGCAAGAGCACAACUCUGAACAGGAAAGCUCUGAAAACCUGCAGCACACACCUGCUGGUUUAUCUGAUCAUGUUUGUCAGUGGAAUGAUCAUCAUUAUUCUGCAGCGCUUCCCUCAGUAUGCAGAGGAAAAGAAAAUUGCAGCUCUUUUGUUCCACAUUGUUCCUGGUGCCUUGAAUCCCGUCAUUUAUGGCAUGCAGUCCAAAGAGAUUCAGAAAUAUUUUUCUAGGACGUUUUACUCCAAUAAAGUUUUGAUGUCACCUUAAAGGCGUCUUACACUGUCUGAAAGCACUUUCCUUUCACAGAAAUAAC